AUGUUGUGCCCGCAAACCCACUGGGAGGACGCUACAGCCACGCCGACCCUGUGGUGGCCGCGUCGCCACGGGGUCGCCGAACCCCGCUCUGCGGUGACGCUGCUGCUUCGCUCGGGAGUGCCCUCGCGACAGCACCGACUCCCUGAGGCGUCGGAGGAAUCGCGAGGGAGGCGAGCAGGAGACGCGGACGCCAGGAGGAGCGGAGGCCUGAGAGGUGGGACCGGCCGCUGCAAGACGACGGGGGGACCGUUCGUGACUUCGGAAGCUCCCUGUGAUUGGUUGACAGAGGAGAGUGAAGAGCCAAUCACCUGCGAAAGAAUGGUGACGUCAUCAGUCUUAUUUCGCGCCAUUACCCGCUACAUAUCUGUGUACCCUGUGACGCCCACGCUCCCGAUUACCAUCUGA